AUGGCAACCAGGGCGGCUCAGAACGCAGCUGCGAACGACGAGCUGGUUUCAGCUCUGCACGAGAGGCUGGUGCAGACGGGAGAGUGGGACAGGUGAGUGGUUGUGGUGUUUGCGUUUGCGAGAGACACGCUGUGGGCCGAGCCAGUGCAUGCAGCCGGGCCAUCCGUCGCAUCUCGACGUCCUUGAACUGAGCCGUGUGCGCUCUGCACUGUGCUUUGGCAUCCUGCCUUCGAACGCAGAGUGUUGGAAGCACUAAGGCGCGGACUGGAGGAGAGCGGCUGGGAUGCUUCACUACGAGAAAAGGCAUUUGGUGAGGCGCUCAAACCAACAAGGACCAUCGUGCAGCUCGACAGCUGAUCGUACGCGUUGCUCAUCAUCAUCCAAAUCACAAUUAUAGAGCAAGCAAAAGCUCAGACGAGACCAAUAAGCUUACUCGACCUCGUCGAGACCUUGGAAACAGAGGCGCAUAGUAAGUGGCGGGCAAGCUCGAUGGCUUGAAUAGCUCGACUGCAAUCGGCACUCAUGCAAGGUCGAUGGUGUGCGCCCCAUUUCCUGCCAUCCAGCUUCCAUUCCGCCAGCAGUCAGAUCAGAAGUGACGAGCAUGCUUCGGGACUUCAUCUCUAGGAAUGUGGAAGACGCAUGA